AUGGACUUUUUGCUGCGGGGCCUUAGCACGUUGCACCCUACCACCAAAUUUUUCCCUGGGCAUCAAACAUCUUCACUCAUAUCGAGGCAGGGCGACUACACUCCUGUGGCCUCCUGCCCAAAUGGAGGAAAAUGGGAGGCUCUGUUGGUGGAGGCCAAUCCCCGUUUCGACUCAGCAUUGCACCAGGUUGAGGCCCAGCACCAUAACCAGGUCAAAGCCAUGCCCUCCUCAGCAGCCUACAUGUGCGAUGCGCAAACGAGUUUCUACCUGGACAAUGUGAACACCGAGCACAACUACUGGGGAUCCAGCCUUUCCCCUUCGCAUCAGGACGUCGUGAAGAGCGGUAAAGUGAAGGUCACGGUGCCCACCAGAAACCUGCUCCAGAUCCUCCAUGAGCAGACAACAGCUAAGGAUCUCGUGAUUGUUAAGAUGGACAUCGAGGGAGCUGAGUUUGAUAUCAUCCCUUGCCUUGCUAAUUCUCCACAGGCACAUCUUGUUGACAAGCUUUUCAUGGAAGUGCACAACCCCUCUUGGGGGCUGGUCGGCACCAGCGAGCAAGACUUCCAGCAGGCGCAGGCCGUCCUUCGCAGGCAGGGAGUCGCCAUUCCUGCCUACAACUCACCCACGCUGGUCCAAACGUUCUCCCACACUGGCACCGCGCCCGUCGCCAGAAUCGAUCAGAUCAUGGUGUUGACUUAUGCCGAACGCACGCGAGCCUACAAGUACGAGCAAGUCUUUCCUGGUAUCCGCGUGACUUGGAUGGUCGGGGUGACGGCUACAGACUUCGCAAGCGAGGAGGACAUGAUGAACAGGGAGGAGCUGGUUCCCAUGUCAGAGCAGAUGAAGGCGCAGUGGCGCAGCAAUCCUUCCAGGCACCAAAACCGUAUCGAUGGCAGGCCUUUAGGCACUCUGGCAUGUGCCCUGGGGCACUACAAGGCAUGGCAAACAGCGGUAGCUUCCUUGAGUGGGCGUGAGUGGAUGAUCAUCCUCGAGGAUGAUGCCCGGCCAGAAACGAGUUCCGACGAGCUGCUCCGGGACCUUUCAUGGAUUGCUCCGGAUGUCGACCUAGUCUUCCUCGGCGAACGGCAUUGCCCUUUUCUGUACGGCUCCGCAGCUUAUGCCAUAACAGCCAAGGCGGCCCAAGCUCUGCUCAACAUGCCGUUCAUGUACAACGCUGACUUCUACUUGGACUUGCCAGUGAACCGUAGCCUCAUCAAGCGUAAAUGCUUGCCCCCCCACUUCCACCAUCGGCCCACAGAGGCCACUAACACGAGCAUGACCAAGCUGCUGAGGCUUUCCAAGUCCUAG